CAUUUCGUUAAGGUCAUGCUGCGUCAUGCCUUUGUCGUCACUAAAUUCCUAGUAGACGGUACGGGUUGAAGUCGUGAUUUGGCACAUGUUUUUAUAACACAUAGAACAAGAGCUGUUGGGUGGAGCUCAAAGGAAGUGAAGUGUCAAUGCGAGUCUCGCCUACACAGAAGGACCCACGUCCCCUUUGAUGAACAACAGUCCAAAACAGCCUUUAACUUGCUUAGAACAAGUUCAAAACUGAGGGGAGCUGGAGAGGAGUGCAGGAGUCAUGGUGAAGAAUGUUCCGGAAGGUCAAAAAGCGGCACAGCAGCAGCAGCUCUCAAAGCAGUGAGAUCAGUACUAAGAGCAAGUCAGUGGACUCCAGUUUGGGAGGUCUCUCCAGGUCCAGUACUGUUGCCAGCUUAGACACUGAUUCCACCAAGAGCUCCGGUAACAGUGCUGUGUCUGAGACAUGUGCUGAGUUCCGGGUGAAAUAUGUGGGAGCCAUUGAGAAGCUGCAGUUUGACAUGAGUCAGACUCUUCACAAGCCACUAGACCUUAUCAACUACAUAGAUGCAGCCCAGCAAGAUGGAAAGCUGCCAUUUGUGCCUGGAGAUGAGGAGAUGGUACUGGCCGUGUCCAAAUAUGGGGUCAAAGUAGCGUCCAUGGAUCAGUGUGACGUUCUACACCGCCACCCACUCUACCUGAUCGUGCGGCUGUUGUGUUACGACGACGGCCUGGGGGCUGGGAAGAACCUGCUGGCUCUGAAGACCACAGACGCAGAACAGACAGGCUGCAGCAUCUGGGUGUAUCAAUGCCACAGUGCGUCUUCCCUUGUCUCGUCGUCCAUUCAUGAACAUAGGAGUGAUGCAGGAAGAGAUGGCUCAGCCGUCAACAUCCGAACAAGCCCAGGCCAUCUGCAAGGUUCUGUCAGCCUCCUUCGACUGUGUGCUGACCUCGGAGAAGUCCUGAAGGACCGUGGGUGUUGGGAGUUUACAACAGUCACAUGACUUACCCAGCAUGCCCUGCAACACCUCUCACACCAUCCACCUGUCAGUUGACCAUCAUGACUGUGGCUUGUCUUAAUGCUGUUAAUCUGACUUAAUGUUAUUUAAUGUAAAUACAUUACAAAGUCCA